AUGCCCUCCAACUGGUCCUACACCAGCUCCCACUCCAGCGCCCACUCCGGUUCCCACUCCGGCCCCAACUCCAGCUCCAACUCCGGCACCAACUCCAGCACCAACUCCGGCACCAACUCCGGCCCCAACUCCAGCCCCAACUCCAGCACCAACUCCAGCACCAACUCCGGCACCAACUCCGGCCCCAACUCCGGCACCAACUCCGGCCCCAACCCCGGCACCAACUCCGGUGCCAACUCCUGGUGAUCCUUGCAUUCCAGGAGUUACCUGUCCACCAAGUGAUGCUGGCAAUUGCGUUGCAGAUGGUCGGUGUCCUCCAAGAAAUGGAGUCGAACCAAAACUUCUUCCACAUG